UGUUUUAUUAAUUGACUAUUUUCUUUAACUCUCAAAGAAGAAUUCUUUCCCUCCACCCGUCUACCCCAAGGUGUCAAAACUAAAAUGAAGUUUUGGAGCAGUUAUCUUUGUAUCAUUACUCUUCAAGCUAUAAUCAUCGUCACAGUAUUAUACAACAUGCAUGUAAGUCAACCAGACAGUGAUCAUAUGGAUGAUGCAGGUGGUGAAUAUCAAGUCCUUUCCCUACUGCACAUCUGUGACGCAGCCCUAAAUGGGAAGACGGUGCAAGUGUUGCCAAGUGCUCUAUCCACAACGUUUGGAAUAGAUUCCUGCCCUUACUAUGUGCUAGAGAACCACUAUAUCACAACUCCUUUGUCCACAGAAGAAGCUGCAUUCCCUUUGGCAUAUGUAAUGACCAUCAGUCAAGAUUUUGAUAUGUUUGAACGACUUUUCCGGGCUAUUUACAUGCCUCAAAAUGUCUACUGUAUUCAUGUUGAUAAGGCAGCCACGAUUGACUUCAAAAUUGCUGUGAGUGAAUUACUGGAGUGCUUCUCAAAUGCAUUUAUAUCCUCACAGUCUGAAUACAUUAUUUAUGGGGGCAAAUCCAAGCUCCAAGCAGACCUGGCCUGCAUGAGAGAUCUUGUAGCAUCAGCUGUUCAGUGGAGAUAUGUCAUUAACACUGGCGAUCACGAUUUCCCCCUAAAAACCAACAGGGAGAUAGUUCAAUAUUUAAAAAUGAUGAACUGGACAAACAUUACACCUAAUUUAGUGUCUGUUCUGAAAUCUACUGAAAGGAUCAAAUAUACCCAUAGAGAGUACAGAACCAGAUCACACGCUUUUGUCCUACAGAAGCGUAAAAGGAAGAGCCCGCCUCCACAUCAACUCAAAAUCCACUUUGGUUCAGCUUAUGUUGCCCUUACAAGGGAAUUUGUCCAUUUUGCUCUUUAUAAUAAAAUAGCCAUUGAGUUACUCCAGUGGUCUCAGGAUACCUACAGUCCAGAUGAACAUUUCUGGAUUACACUCAACAAUAUUCCAGGUGAAGGUUAUGGGCUUCGGAAAGUAGCGGUGAACUCUGGCUCCCACCAGAAUAGACACACCUUUCCACAUGGCCUUGAGUUUCAGCAACAAUAUCCAGUUAACAGCUUUGGUGACAACUGUAGCAUCAUGGUGUGCACUGCAGCACCAAGGGAGGCCCUGGGGUCUUUCCACCUGAAAGCAGCUUGUUCUGCUCAUUAG